AGAAAUAGGCGACAAGUUUCAUGGCUUUGUCCCCAUAAGGGACUAUAAUUGAUCUUCCUCUUUAUUUUAGACGGGGCCUUUUUUAAUUGGAAGGCUGUUAUUUGGAAGCGAUUUUGUACGGAAUCUUGAGAAUUUAUUGCGAUGCUGGCAACGAUGUGCGUGGCUUCAUUGAGGACGUGAAGUUUUUUAAGGCGGUAUGGGGUUUAUUAUUUUCAAGCCACCUUCCCCAACCUAAGAUUUAUAAUGGAUGUCAUCAAAAUCGAUCAAAUGGAUUUUGGCUCUAUCCAUUAUAGAACCAUGGGAUGUUCUGUGUUUAGAACAGUAAAUCACUGAUUAUGCUUUAGAGCAUUACUUGGAUGCAUUUUACGGUAAUAUCUUAAUAAUUUCAAGCAUUUUGUUAAUUACGAAGCAAUUACUCUAACUAAAAUUGUUGAUAAUUAAACAAUUUAAUGCAUUUUGAGCUCCAAGGGGAGGAAAGGUCAGGCAAUUUUCCCCUAAUGUGCAAGAAAAUGUCUCAAAAGUCCCCGUUAGCCUUUGAGGCUGGUUCUUGAUAACCAGCAUUCAACAAUGGGUUGUUUAGGUAUGGCCUUAACAUUUUUUGUAGCACAUCCUGUAGAGAGGUCAGUUGUCUGGCGCUGUUGAAAUUUUUCACCAUGUAGUAGGAUAUAAAACAGUCGAAUUUAACACUGCCAAGCUUUGGUCCGCUGUAUUUCGCCAGCAUAUUCUUCCAUUAAAACGACAGAGUAUCGCGAUGCCGCACCGUCGGUAGUGGCUGUAGAUGGGCGGCAGUUUCAAUACUUUCAAUCAACCGGAGGCUUUGCGAGCGGAAAGUAAGAUAUCGCUCAAAUUGCAUCAGAUUAAUGGCUGCAAAUAUAAAAACUGGUUCGGUAUACAAUUGAGCGAUAUUUGGAGAUGGACCGUGCGAUGGAGCCCGCUGUUUUGGAAUCCAAACUUUCCGAAAGUGAAACUAAGUUUCUAUGGGUUUUCGGUUACGGUUCGUUGUGCUACAAGCCUGGAUUUGAAUUCAAUAAAGCCAUUUUGGGUUUUGUGAAUGGAUUUCAAAGAAGGUUUUGGCAAGGGAACGUUACACAUAGAGGCACGAAGGAACAGCCGGGCAGAGUCGCAACGCUAAUAGAGGACUCAGAUGGAGUGGUACAUGGAGUAGCAUAUGCGAUCAGUGGAGAAGCUGCGAUUCCUUAUUUGAAUCACCGAGAAUGCCAGCAAGGUGGUUACAUAGCAAAGAUCGUGGAUUUUCAUUCGGAGAAAGGAGAAUGUUUUAAAGUGAUGAUAUACGUAGCAUGUCCUGCGAACGAGCAUUGGCUUGGUGAUAGUGAAAUUGAUGACAUUGCUGGAGAAAUAAUUAGCUCCAAAGGACCCAGUGGACACAACGUCGAGUAUUUAAUCCGCCUAGCUGAAUUCAUGAGGCUCCACUUUCCUGGCAAACAUGACGCUCAUCUUUUCAGCUUGGAAGAUCGGGUUCUGGCGUUGGUAAAGGAAAACCAGAUGUGCCUUGAUACAUUGAUGGGAUCCGGAGAAGGAUGUAUAACGUUUAUACGCAGAGCUAAUUCAAGGGAAACAAGUCCAACCCAAGACCGAAGAAAUGGAAGACAGGAUACGUUCGAGGGUACGACAGAGGGUUCUAGCAGCCGUCUUCGCUGCCUUAAUAUAUAAGUAUUACUAGAAGAUAUUUUCUAACAUUUUUGUGAUCUUGAAGCAUUACAGAGGUAUAUAUUAACUUUAUUUAUACAUAUUAGUUUCAAUUAAUUUUAUUCCUUUGUCACUUGGCUUUGGAAGAAUGCAUGGAGUUAUAAAUUAAUAGAGUUUCUAGCUCAGUCAUACAUCAAAUGUGUGAUUGUGACUUGUAGGGGUCAAAAUUCAAUUUUGCGAGAUAAGGGUGAUAUAGGCCAUGAAGUAAACACAUGCAUCUUCUUGAACUAAGUGGAGUUGUAUUUAAAAUAUAUGCUCAUGACUGAUUUCCUUCAAAUGUAACUUUCUUGAACCAAAUACAAUGCCUUCAAAGGCGUACUAAGUAGUUUUCACUUAGAUUUUAAGGAUCAAUUGUGAUUUACUUGUAGCAUUGUUUUGUUUAUAAUGCAGUUUGUCGAGCAUUUGUGUAUAUAUAAGCGUUCGAUUUCACUAAUUAGGACAUUUUGAAGUCAUUCAGCAAAGCUACAAUUUCCCAGACCAACUGGCAUUAUACAUUAUGUAUGUCCAUAUAUCAUGAAUGUAUUACUACUACUGACAUAAACUUAUAUAAUAGUACGACUAUGUGAUACCCAUUAUUCUAUAAUAUUAAUAUAAAUAAUAAUAAUUCUAAUACUCUUAUUGAGUUCGUCGCGUUUUGUUCCUGCUAUAGAUAUGGUCGUUUGCCUGAAUGUGUUUUUGGCUUUUACAGCAUUCGAAAAUGUAUAUAUUUGUUUUAUUUAACUCUUUUCGGUUCCAACGUAAAAAUGACGAGCGACUCCAGUCAGUUAAUAAUAACCAAAUACAUUUUAUCUUCGAUUUGCGUAUCACACGGAACAUUUUUAUUGCUAGCCAGACAAAUAAAUAAUCUGAAUGGCUUCGAAGCCUCGACCCAAAUUGUGGAAAAAUGCUCAGGCUUUUACGUAAAGGCAAAAAAUCGUAUAAAUACUUUUUCUGGGCUGCGCACAACCGAAAACGCUGUUUUUAAUUAUGCAGUAAUGUUUUAUUUUAUUUUAGUAAUAGAAUAAAGAAUAUUAAACAGUAACAAAGCACAGGGUUUGAAAAUUCUUAAAUUAGUGUUAGGUAUAGAGAAUCUAAAUCUAUUCUCGUCGGUUUGAAAAGUCUAAAAAUAAUACACUAAAGUACAUUUAAUCAUUAAGUGGCCACUUGAUUUGGUGGUACUUUGUAAAAUAGGUCAAUGCUUGUCAAGAGACGAAAUUUGAAUCGUUAAGUGUUACACAUAAGUGGAAGAGUGACAAGCAUAAAGACAAAAUACAGGUUUACAAAUUGAUAACAAUACAGAUAUGUUAACGUUCA